AAGCUUUUAAAUAAUAAUUCCAAUUUCCAUGCACCUUUUUAAAAAUACAUCUUUGUUUUUACUGCCGAAAUCUGUUCAUAAUCUUAUAAUUCAUAAAUAAAUUUCCUUAAACUCUCCCUUUAUAACCUCUUAACAUCUUAACCUCACUUUAUUAUAAGAUUAUAAGCUUCUAAAAUGUUUGGUAUAAUAGCUUCAGGUCGGCUUGUACAAACGGAAUUUCAACAAAUAGAACAAACAAAAUUUAUAACCACAAUCGUUGAUGCCGAUAAUAUAAAUCACAUUGUGGUUUUUCUUACCGGUGUUAUGCCAUUUCCCGAAGGAGCCGCUGGUAUGGUGUAUUGGAGUUGGCCAGAUCCAAAUGCGCCUCCAAAUUGGCAACUUUUAGGUUAUAUUUCUAAUGAUAAACCUUCUGUAAUUUUUAAAGUAUCUAACUUUAAGAAAUUACAUGAAAUGGACGUCGGUAGUAACAUUGCUCCGUUUGGACAACAAGCUAUUUGUCAUAACGCACAAAUUGGAAUAUCUUUAGAGCCGAUAGUGAAUAUACAAAACGCCCAACCGGUUGAAAACGCCAAUACUUAUGCUACAUUCGCCCAAAAAAUGCUGGAUAACUUUACUAAUUACAUUUUAAGUUAUGGAGUAACUCAACAACAAAUGGUUCCAGAUCCUAAUACGACUUACGUUCCAUUACCAGCUAUACAAAAUUGGUUUACUAAUUUUCAAAGAAGACUAGCAAAUAAUCCCAAUUUUUGGAAAACAUGAAAACUUAGUUUUUAUAGAGCACUUUAUAUUGCAUUUUCAAAAUAAGCAUUAAAUCAUUUCACCUUCCGUUACUCUCAAUCUUUUGCACUACAAUUUCGCUUUAAAUAUCAACUUAUUUACAUGUUAUCAUAGGUAGUGUUUUUAAUUAUAAAAAUAAUAUUCUAUAUCAAUAAAUCAUAUAAUAAGCAUUAA